AUUUGUCUGACACACUCCACCACAAACCACAGCGCUGUAGGACUCUUAGUCAACAGCAACAUCCUCAUUCUUACCUGCUGUCUGUCUGUUUGCUCGCUCUAGCUUGAAAAUUACUCUCUGCCUUUCAAAAAUGCUGGAAUGCUCUGUUUCCAGAUGUGAAAAGACUCAGCGGACACGAGCUCGACGAUGGUUGUGUGUUUUGAUGCUGUUGCUCAUGAUGGGAACAAUAAUGUUAAUAUUCUGCAAUUUGAGCCCCCAAGUGUCAUGGCAUGUCAAAGUUUGGGCAACAAACUCAUGGUUGAGCCAAUCUCACAACAAUAUGACUUCUUCUUUUGGCAGUAUCUCAUCAGCUGACCAUUCAAUAUCAGAGUACAUUGUGGCAUACCCUCACCAGUACCAUUUCGUGCUGGACGAACCUAAUAGAUGCCGGGAGGAAAGCCCAUUCUUGGUUAUUAUUAUCCCAGUUGCACCCCACAACAGAGAGGCUCGUGACGUAAUCCGCAACACAUGGGGCAAAGAAAUGACAGUGCUGGGCCAAGUGGUCAGAAGUUACUUCCUAUUGGGACUGUCCACAGAAAAAGAUGAGGCUGAGCCCCUUCAGGAGCAAGUGUUACAGGAAAGCCAGAGAUAUCAUGAUAUUCUCCAGAGUGACUUCUUGGACAGCUACAAUAACCUCACCAUCAAAACCAUGGUCAUGUUUGAAUGGCUCAGCUCCCAUUGCCCCAGCACCUCCUAUGCUAUGAAGGUCGACUCAGACAUAUUCCUUAAUGUCCACAAUCUCGUUGACAUGCUUUUGAAAGCCCCCCGACAUCUCUACAUGACAGGAGUGGUGGCAAGGGGUGCUCAAGUUCUCAGAGACCAUACCUCCAAGUGGUUUCUCCCUGUUUCUGUUUUCCCUGAGUCUAAGUACCCACCUUAUGCCCUGGGACUGGGCUAUGUGUUCUCACUGGAUUUACCCAAGAAGAUACUGGAGGCAUCCGCACAUGUUAUAGCUGUUUACAUUGAGGAUGUGUACGUGGGACUGUGUAUGAGACAUUUGGGAAUCACACUGACAGAGCCUCCACAAAACGGUUUGUUUAAGACAACGAUUCCUAAUUUAACAGGCAACUGUUGGGCCUCUCUCAUUACAGCAAUUCUUGAGAACUCUAAUCAACUUUUGAAUGUAUGGGAAACAUAUCAGAUGCAAGCACAAAGUGGCUGUUAAGUAUAUCUGCCUGAACCUUACAGAGAUGAUGACUGUUUUAAAGUUGCACCAUAACUGCACAGCAUAGCUGUGUGUAUUUAUAUUUUUAGAAAUAUAAGUUCCAUAUUUAUUUUAACCCUGGUGUGUGAUAGCUGAAGAGUCUGUGCUGGUUAUAUUUAUUUAUUGAAAAUAUCUGAGUACUGAAUAGAUCAGUUGCCCUGUUUCUAUUAUUCUUUCUAGUGUAUUUUAUAGUAUAUUGGUUCUUCCUUCUGUCGACAUUUAAAUUCUGUUGGGCCUCUGACUGCACACACUGGCUUGCCUUGUCCAACUUCUUUCUGUUUCCUUUCCUCCUACGUCUGCUCUGUUGACUUUCUUUGUAAGUCAGAUAUUUUAUUUAGUCAUCUAAAAAACCACAACUUGAGUUUUGGACAUUUUCACCCUCUGCUAUCAGUUUUCACAAUGGCAAGUGAGCUGCCUGUGGAGGAGGCUUGAAACCACUGUGGUAGCCAAUGACAUCGCACGAACCAGGUGCAGUUACAGUCUUAAAACUAAAGCAUAUUUAAGUCUAUAUAUAAGCGUUUACAUGAAGGAUAUAGCAUCAGAGCUUUUGAAAGCACCCAACCACAUUCUUUUAGACAGUUCACACAAUGCAUAGAAAUACACUGUAAUAACUGAACGUUGAUACACUGCACAACCACAACAUCAGUUAAACAUAUUCUCAGGAACAACAGAACCUGCACUUUUUCUUACCUGUUUUAUAAGAUUAGCUGCAACCACAACAAUCACCAGCUGCUUUUUAGUAUACACAAUGACACCUUCAGUUGUAAAAAAGAAAAAAAAAAAUGUUGUGACCAGGGCUGAAUCGGAUAUGCAGCAAGCAUAUCAUUGUUUGGAACAAAAAAUAGUUUCUACAUGUUUAAUUAAAGUUCGGUCAGUUCUACUUGACCAGACAGAAUACCAUGACAUUUUGUACAUGAAUUUAUUGAUCCUAAGUGAUGAAUCCUAAUGACUUCUGUGAUCCUCUAACUUUUCCUCUAGCAUCACAAUGUAGUUGUCAUUUCUGGGUUUUAUGUGAAAUGUCUCAACCUCUGCAAAUUUGGUACAGACAAUCAUGCUCACCAGAAGAUAAAUUAAUCCAGUGCUAUCAUUAGUUUUUUGUUUUUAGGUUGUUUUACUUAAAAGUCAUUUGUGGUAUAAUGAAAGAAAAAUGAAGUAUGUUGAAGGUAGAAAAGUGUGCUGAAAGAAAACUGAAUCUGAAGAGAUGUUUUCAUUCAUUGAAUAAACUGAACAAUAUUUUUACAGCAUCAUAUACAAUAAGAUGACCUUUAACUUGGUAUGCAUUUUUGAAAUCUGUCUGAAGUCGACUAUGACAGAUUAUGGUGAAUUAUGGGAAAUUAGGCUGCAUGAUGGAAGAUGUGCCAGUAACAACACUGACACUGGAUGGCCUAUUUAGACAUUUGAGCUAAAUCAUGCAGCAUAAUGUACUGAGUUCAUGGGAACUCUAUACAAAACAGUUUCUCAUCUGCUGAGUGACAAACCUCAGGAAGACAUCUUGAAACCAAUAAUUUACAUUUAGUUUUUAGCUGCAGAAUGAUUGUCAAUUUGUCUGUGAAAUUUCAGUAUGUAGAAAUGAGAAAUGAGUCAAGCCUGCAGCGAAUGUUUCACAAUAAAUAAAUAAUAUACAUUUAUACAAAAUAAAUCAAUUUGACUGAUGAAAAUUUAGAUUCUAUGCAACACAAUUUACUACACUGAGAUCAAUGAAAAUAUGUGAAAUAUAUGUAAAUAUAUAAUAUAAAAAUACUCCGCACUGCUGCCAGUUUAUGCAUAAUUGUGUAAUGGAUGUGUUCAUUUAUGACAUUUCACAAUGUAAUUAUUUGAAUUUUUAGGUACAUGUCAUGAAUUAAAUGAGUAUGUUGAUGAGAAAUGAGAAUUAAAUGAGUAUUUUAUAUAUUAUAGGA